AUGGAGCCUUUAAUAGGGGGGCCUACUUCUCCUUUCCGCUCGGCCAACACCUCUGCAGCUUCUUCUCUUCCUCUCGACAGCCAGCAGCCGCGGGAGCUGAGCGACUUUUCCUUUUACAAAGCUGUGAAUACGGCCGACAAAACCCUGCACAGCACCUACAGAAGAGGCAAACGCAGCGCCGAGACCUCCAAGCUGAAGAGUCUCCAGUCUCAAGACAGUUUCAAGCGAGACGCCCUCAGGACAAUAACCAGGUUUUUGUCGUUUUCCGAAUUUCCGGGGCCUCUUUCGGCCAAGGCUUUGAGCAGCCCCCAGCGGUCUCUCCUGAUUGAAAUAUGGGGUCACCUCUUCAGGCGCUGCUUUGAUGACUCUGUUAAAAUAACUGCAGAAAAUGUAAACGACGAAGUCCCCAGACUAUUCAAGGAAAUCGGGUACCCCUUUCCCAUAAGCAAAAGCGCCAUGUUGGCCCCAGGCACAGGCCACCAGUGGCCCCACCACUUGGCGGCCCUCAGUUGGCUUUGUGAACUUUUGAUUUACGAAAAUGAAUUUUUCUUUCAAGAAGAAGAAACCUCGGAAUGCUCCGGUCCAGCAGAUGUUGUGGGCAAACUGGUGGCUGCUGCCUAUCCCCAGUUGGGUAAAGACCCUCAGGCUUUGCGUACAGCUGUCUUGGGGCAGCUUCAGGCUAUGAAGAGAGACGCAGAGACUGCGCAGCAGCAAAUGCAACAGCAGCUACAGCAGCAGCAGCAGCAGCUCGCUGGAAUAGAGACAGAGUUACGCGAUAACGCCUCUUUGAUGGAUACAAUAGAGCAGCUCAGGAGAGAGGCGGAUUCUCUUCGCCGACAAAUUGCUGAAACUCGAUCUGAGAUAUCUAACGAGGAGAGCGUGGCUGCAGCAACAGAAGCAGAAAGAGACUCGUUGCUGCAGCAGCAAAAGGCAGCACUAAAAGAAGUGAAAAGGCUGGAGGAGCGCGUCAAGGCCCAAGGGAUUGACAAGGCCGAGGUGGAGAGGAUUCGCCAUGACGUGGCUCGCCUGCGGGACGGAGUUUCUCAUCGCGCUAAAGAAAUUGAAGUCUUAAGUGAGGGGCUUCAGGAUCUCGUGGACAAAAUUGCUGACGACUCGGAGAAGCUGCGCAUUGCGGGCCAAUCGGUUAACGACGCUCUCAGCAACAUGGCGCAGCUAGCAGUUUCUGGGAAGCUGCAGACAGCAGAAGCUUGGAGUGCUUUGCCGAAGAUGGAGACGGUCCCUGCUGCUGCUGCUGCUGCAGGCGGUGCUGCUGCUGCUGCUGCUGGCAGCGGCGGAAGCGCCGCCGCUGAGCGCGCUGUUGCUGCUGUUGCUGCUGCUGCUGCAUGUGAUGUAAAACGAGCAACCAAGGAGAUACUGGGGGUGGACUGGACGGAGCUGAAGAAAGAAAUGCUGCGGGUAAUGCGUCUCGAGGAAGAGGCGAAGGAAGAGACUCAGCAGCAACGCCAGCGGUUGGGGAAAGAAAUUGAGAAGUUGAAAAAGGCCAUAAAAGACCUCCUGGCAAGCCGGAAGACUCUGGAAAAGCGCAUGCAGCUUGUGCAGGAAGAUCUGCAGCAACUGCAGCAGCAGCAGCAAAACGAGCAGCAGCAGCUGCAGGAAGCCGAGAGAGAACACCUGGAGGGGGUGAGGGAAGCCAAGCAGCAGCACCAGCAGCAGCAGCAGCUGCUGCAGCGGCUGGUGCAGCAGCAGGAGCAGCUGCUUCAGCAGGAAGAGCGCCAGCAGCAGCAGCAAGCCGCAGCUGCCGUCCAGGACCUGCAGCAGCAGCAGCAGCAAGCGCUGCAGCAAAAGCACUUGCUGCUGCAGCAACUCAAAUGCCUGGCUGAAACUAAACAAGCUGAAUAUACAGCUUUAGAGCAGCAGCUUUUAGAACUCUCCGAGGCUUUAGGCCCUUCCCCAAACCAAGAAGAGCCACCCCAAUAA